UAUUGAUUUAUGUGAUGUAUGUGCAGUAUUUGAUUCAUGUUUGAGAUUGCAUGAUUAUAUUUGAUGGUAUGUGCUUUGCUUGAACUAUAAUUUGAAGUGAAGGUGUAUGAGUUUAUCUCUUACUUUGAAGUUUUAAGUUAAUGAGUAAUUGUUAAAGUUUAAGAACAAGUUCUUUUUAAGAAGUACUUCACCUUCAAGAAGGUGAAAUCGUUUUAAGAGUUUUUAGUCACUAGCGUCAGUCCGUUGCCAUUUGAGAUUUUGAGAUAGAGCAGCAGUUAUGCUCUUGAGACUUUUAAGAUGAGCAGCAGUUAUGCUCUUGAGAUAUUUUAAGAUGGCAGCAGUUAUGCUCUUGAGAAUCGUGGAAGAAGAGCCUUCCGCGAUAAGUUUAAGUUUAAGGAAAGCCUGGAUGGCUUCUCAUACGUAUGAGUUGGCAACCGGACUAACUAGUGAGGGAUCCCCGUGUCAGUCAAGAAUUUAAGUGGAGAUUUGAGCUUUAAGAAUACAGUUUUAAGAGUUAAGCUUUUUAAUAGUGGAAGUACAAAACAAGUUCCACUCAGUUGAGUAAAGUGAUCAAGUAUUAAUAAGAUGUUAAACGUAAAGGGCGUAGACUGACCCCAUCUCACCCACCAGUUUGAAGAGUCAGAGGAGGAGCUAGAGGAGCAGUUAGUGAGCAACGAGUUCGAGGGCAGCCAGCUAGAGGAGGACAGUAUAAGCAUCACAGAGGAUGCUUAGUCAGGGUUUUCAGUAGCAACAACAUCAGAGAUUGCCCAUGUGUUAGGGCGUUGCCUUGAACUACAAUAGUGUGUUUUCAGUAUUUUAUUUUUUUGAAAAUUUUUCCGCUGCUUUUAGCGUUCAUGGUUGUUGAGUAUUUACAGUUUAACAAGGGUAUUUUAGUAAAAGUAGUACACAUCCGGGUUAGGGUGUUACAUUCUCAAUUUUCCCUUCCGGGAUGGAGGUAUACCUCGUCUUGCACUUACCGCUGAAGGUGAUAGGAAACGCUCGGCACAAGUCUGAGUCCGAUGCGUUGAUGAGUUGCAUCUUUAGCAUAAAGGCACAAAGAUGGUCCGCAGGAUCUGAUGUGCUAUACGUGGGCAGUCAUAGAGAAGAGAAAUUAGGCUGGACCGGGUUCAUGAAGAGCUCCCUUAAUAGGGGGUUUUGGAGACGUUCUAGGAAGCCAAGGUCCACGUCUUCCACCUCUUGUCCCACACCUUCUGUCCAGGCAGGGCUGUCGAGGUCCAGGGCGAUCUUCUGCUUGUCCUUGCGCGCAUCUCCCCUUGAUCCCUCUGCGGGGUCCUCCCUCGUUUUCUAGAGGUGGAGGAUUUGGGAGAGGCUGUCUUGCAUGUUUGCGAUUUGCAAGCCUUGACUCUUGACAACUUCCUCGAGCACAGAUUCGUCUUCGACUCUUGGUGAUAGGUCUCGGAGGGUGUUGUUCUCGGUCAUCCCUUUGAGAGGGGUCUCGAAGUCGUCUCCCAUUGUUUUACCGCAACCAAGUCGUGAGCCCCACGGUGGGCGCCAAAAUGUUUGUGCUCUGAUCGUACCAAGCGGUUGUGUGAGACACCACGACCCUGUGAGGCUUUCGAUGGUCGAGGGCGCUCGUCGAAACCCGGCAAGAAAGGUACUCAGGGGGAUUCUGGGACCUCCUCCGAUGCCUAAGUUAGAGAGAGAAUUGAGAGAAUUUUAAAUAAGAGAGAGAGUGUAAUUGUUGAAGUUACCAUAAAUGUGAUCCCUUGAUGGGUAUUUAUACUGGUCUCAGUUGAGGUGUGGGCAUUUAAUGGCCUGUCGCGCGCUCUAGACCGCCUCCGACUCUACUAUCGUACUUUGUCAGGCUCCGUAAUGGGAGGCCAGGAGCCUGUCCGUCCGAAAUGUCGGCCAGUCUCUGGACGCCCUUUUCCCAAAUGUCGGGCAGUUAGUCAUAAAGACCGCCACCGCCCCUGAUCUCUGUUUUGGGCCUCAUUCAUUCGUAUGUGGGCUUUUAAUGUGUUUGGGCUUGCGGGCCGUGUGUCUCGAUGUUUGGCCCAACAAUAAAAAAUAUAUAGGUCGACCUAUAUCUCGUAGCAUAGUGUCAUUUCGUGUUAUUACUAGAUAGUUAUUAGGUUGACCAUUUUGCAAUAUCAAGUAUAUCUUCACAUUCAACGAUUGUCACAUAGCCCACAUGGAACAAUGUCCCUCAAAGUAGGGGUGUACAUGGGUCGGGUGGUCCGAUUUUAGCCAUUUUAAUCACCCGACCCAUGUACUUCGGUUUGGAAAAUAUUAAACCCAAACCCACCCAAAAAAAUUUAAACUCUACAGUUUGUUUCUAAUUGGGUUGGGUCGGGUUGACGAUACUUUUAAGUAAAAAUCCAACCCAACACAGAAUAUAUAAUUAUUCUACACCAUAAAAUUAUUUUAUAACUAAUUAAAAUUUCAAACGAAUAAACCAAGGUGAAAGGUAUCAAAUUUCACCAAUGUUGUUUGAAUUUUAAUAAACUGUGAUUUACUUCAACAUAUAUCUAGUUGUUUUUCACGAUAUUUGUUGAAAUAGACUAAAAAGGUUAUGAACGA